CCGCACAAGCGCUCAUUGUCAGAUGAGUUUGAGCCGCUGCUGCUGCUGUUGUGUAAUAGCAGUCGAUCGCUCCUCAUUGAGAGUGAAAUAGACUUUAUUCUUCUUCUUCUCACUGUUUGUGUGUUUAAAUCGUUGUGCUGGAGGAGAUCCGGUGACAGUCACAGACAGACAUGAUCACUUCAGCCGCUGGUAUCAUUUCCCUCCUGGAUGAAGACGAGCCGCAGCUCAAGGAGUUUGCUCUACAUAAACUAAACUCCAUUGUCAAUGACUUUUGGGCUGAGAUUUCAGAGUCUGUAGACAAAAUCGAGGUCCUGUAUGAGGAUGAGACGUUUUGUAGCAGAGAGUUUGCUGCGCUGGUGGCUUCUAAAGUGUUUUACCACCUCGGAGCUUUUGAGGAGUCUUUAAACUACGCACUGGGUGCUGGAGAUCUCUUCAACGUCAGUGACAAUUCAGAAUAUGUGGAGACAAUUAUUGCCAAGUGUAUCGAUCAUUACACCAAACUGCGUGUCGAGAACGCCGAGCUGCCAGAGGAUGAGGAGAAGAAAAGCAUUGAUCCUCGUCUAGAGGGAAUCGUCAACAAGAUGUUCCAGCGCUGCUUAGGAGAUCACAUGUACAAACAAGCCAUCGGCAUCGCGCUGGAGACCCGGCGCUUGGACAUCUUCGAGAAAACCAUCCUGGAAUCUGUAUGUUAUUUAUCUGCAGAUGAUGCCAUGGAGACAGAGGAUAAAGCUGGAAGUUCGCCAGCUGGAAAAGCUGCAGAUGUGAAGGGUGAGCCCAAAGACCAGAACUCAAAAAUGAUCAAAAUACUAAGUGGUGAAAUGGCCAUUGAGCUGCACCUUCAGUUCCUCAUUCGAAACAACAACACAGACCUGAUGAUCCUCAAAAACACAAAGGAUGCGGUGCGAAAUUCGGUGUGUCACACAGCGACGGUCAUAGCAAACUCAUUCAUGCACACGGGAACAACAAGUGACCAGUUUCUACGAGAGAAUUUGGAGUGGCUGGCAAGAGCAACUAACUGGGCCAAAUUUACAGCAACAGCCAGUCUUGGCGUCAUUCAUAAGGGCCAUGAAAAGGAAGCACUACAGUUAAUGGCGACUUACCUGCCCAAAGACACCUCACCUGGAUCAGCCUAUCAGGAAGGAGGAGGGCUUUACGCUCUUGGGCUGAUCCAUGCUAAUCACGGAGGGGACAUCAUUGACUACCUUCUGAGCCAGCUGAAGAAUGCCAGUAAUGAUAUUGUUCGACACGGUGGCGCUCUGGGACUCGGGUUAGCGGCCCUGGGCACUGCUCGCCAAGACGUCUACGACCUGCUCAAAUCAAACCUCUAUCAAGAUGAUGCAGUAACAGGAGAGGCGGCUGGUCUUGCUCUGGGGCUAGUGAUGUUGGGCUCAAAGUCAGCCCAGGCCAUUGAGGACAUGGUGGGCUAUGCUCAGGAAACCCAGCAUGAGAAGAUCCUGCGUGGACUAGCUGUCGGCAUCGCAAUGGUGAUGUAUGGAAGGAUGGAAGAGGCCGAUGCUCUAAUUGAGAGUCUGUGUAGAGAUAAGGACCCCAUCCUACGCCGGUCGGGAAUGUACACAGUGGCCAUGGCGUACUGCGGCUCUGGGAACAACAAAGCCAUCCGACGACUGCUGCAUGUGGCUGUAAGUGACGUGAACGACGAUGUUCGGAGGGCUGCCGUGGAGUCCAUUGGAUUGAUCAUGUUCAGGACUCCAGAACAAUGUCCCAGUGUGGUUUCUCUGCUGUCUGAGAGCUACAAUCCUCACGUCCGCUGCGGCGCUGCAAUGGCUCUGGGCAUCUGUUGUGCUGGCACUGGGAACAAGGAAGCAAUCAAUCUCCUGGAGCCCAUGACCAAUGACCCGGUGAAUUACGUCAGACAGGGCGCGCUGAUCGCCUCGGCUUUGAUCAUGAUCCAGCAGACGGAGGUCACCUGUCCAAAGCUUCCCAAAUAUCAGCUUGUGUACGAACCCAGUGGUCGCAAUGUGACGAUCUCUCUGCAGUCACGCACAGGCCACACCCACAUGCCAUCUGUGGUGGGUCUCUUGGUCUUCACCCAGUUUUGGUUCUGGUUCCCGCUCUCUCACUUCCUGUCUCUGGCCUUCACACCCACAGCUAUCAUCGGCCUCAACAAGGAUCUGAAGAUGCCAAAGGUGCAGUAUCGAUCCAACUGCAAGCCCUCCACCUUUGCUUACCCUCCACCCUUGGAGGUGCCAAAGGAGAAGGAAAAAGAGAAGGUUUCCACCGCCGUUCUGUCCAUCACGGCUAAAGCCAAGAAGAAGGAGAAGGAGAAGAAAGAUAAGGAAGAGGAAAAGAUGGAAGUGGAAACACAGGCAGAAGCAGAGAAAGAGAAGAAAGACGAGGAGAAGGAGAAAGAAAAAGAAAAGAAAAAAGAACCAGAGCCAAACUUCCAGAUGUUGAAGAACCCAGCACGUGCCAUGCCCGCCCAGCUCAAGGUCCUCGCCAUGCCUGACAGCUGCAGAUACCAGCCCUUCAAACCUUUACACACGGGUGGCAUCAUCAUCUUGAAAGACACCAGUGAGGAAGAGGAGGAGCUUGUGGAGCCCGUGUCUGCUCAUGGCCCUAAGAUCGAGGAGGAAGAACAGGAGCCCGAGGCCCCAGAACCCUUCGAAUACAUAGACGAGUGAGAGUACUUACAGGUGGUGUUACGAAUUGUGCGUGUUCACAGCGUGCACCGCUAACAUGUCUACUCAAAUGCCCACCCCUUUUCCUUUUUUACGUUGUUUCCUCCACUUGGCCUAUCGUGGUCACUUGAGGGAUGUUUUACACAAUGGUUUUCAGUCAUUACAAUAAAAUAUAUAUGGUGAACAUGA